UGUUGUGGAUGUUAUUAAAAUGUUAAACUGACCAGAAAUAUGAAUGGUAAAGCUCUGUUUGCUGUAGGAGCUGCGGCAGGCUCCUUUAUUCUGUAUCGAAACAGUUCAUCACAACGUACAAACACUGCUACUUCACCUGUAUUACUAUAUGAUGCUAAUAAAGAGAUUGGAGCUCACUCAUUUCAAUGGCGGCAUUUUCCCCAAGUAGCUUACUGUAAAGCUGCAAUGACAGAAAGCCCUGAUAUGUCGUAUACAAGUGAAACUUCUGUGGAACCUGUGUCAAAAGAACAAGAAGAAAGAAAGAAAACAAGAAUUGGAUUCAAGGACCGAAGAUUUAUUGAAUACGAGAACCGGAUACGUGCAUACUCUACACCAGAUAAAAUAUUCCGCUACUUCGCAACUUACAAAAUAAUCCACGAAAAUGGUGACAGUGAAAUAUACAUGACACCUGAGGAUUUCUUAAGAUCGAUAACUCCUGGGGAAAAACAACCAGAAAAUCUGGGUCUUGACAAAUUCAAGGUUAAGAGAAUCACCUCCAACCCAGAUGGUUCAGCUGCUGCCCCUCUGAAGGCAAAAAGUUUAAAUUUACCAAAAGAUUCGAUAUUUGCUACAUUGGGAGAAUGUGGUUUCAUCAGCUUCAGCGAUUACAUUUUCCUACUCACUGUAUUGUCAACCCCGCAACGCAACUUUGAAAUCGCGUUUCGAAUGUUUGACCUGAAUGGAGAUGGUGAAGUAGAUAUAAAUGAAUUCCAACAAGUUACAAACACUGCAAGGUCUCAAACCUCCGUUGGUAUGCGACACAGAGACCACAAGAAUACAGGAAAUGUGGUGAAAACAUUCAAGGAAUCGAACUCGGCAAUUACAUCUUAUUUCUUUGGUCCAACUGGACGUGAACGUAAACUAACGGUGCAAAAGUUUGUUGAGUUUCAGGAAAAACUUCAGGCUGACAUUCUCCGUCUUGAGUUUAACAAGUUUGAUCCAGAUAACACUGGUGCAAUCAAAGAGGUUAAGUUUGUGAAGAUGUUGCUCACUUAUUCUGGGUUAAGUGAGAAGAAACAGAAAGCAAUCCUUAAGAGAAUUCGUAAAGAAUAUUCGGGUGAAAAAAGCAGAGGAAUUUCGUUUCAAGAAACGAAAGCUUUCUUUUUAUUCUUAAAACAUAUCAACGACGUUGAUGUUGCAUUUGAUUUCUAUCAUGUGGUUGGAGCUGAUGUGGACAAAGCUACAAUGAAGCAGGUUGCCCGGACAGUGGCAAAGCAGGAACUCACAGGCCAAACCAUCGAUGUUGUUUUCACUGCUUUCGAUGAGGAUGGAAAUGGAUCUCUCAGUAAUAAAGAGUUUGUUGCUGUAAUGAAGAGAAGGCUCAUGAGAGGCCUCGAAAAACCAAAGGACACCGGAUUUUUCAGACUAAUUGACGCAAUGUGGAAAUGUGCAAGGGAAACCUCAUGGGGUGGCGGGGAUUAAGUGAUUUUGAUAUACAUUGGCGUCAAAUUAUUAAAACAGCACGGGUUGAGUCAAUGAAACAGUAGAUCUAUAAUUUUAAAAAUAAUUUUUAAAUGUUAAGUUACUUAUACAAUUGGAAAUCCAACAGUUGCUGCAAAAAAAAUGCAAAAUUUGUCGGAAUAUUCAUGCCCACCCUGCACCAUAUAAAUUGACGUCGCUGUAAUGUAACAAGUUUCACUGUGUUGUGGUCUACACAUGUUACGAUCACUUUACUAAAAUUAAGUCUUCAAAUUUGUUUAGCUAAAUCAGUGGCAAGCAGCACUUUCCACUUGUGGUAAUCUAGAAUUAAAAUUCUUUUCUAAUUAUUAUUUAUUACGACCUUGUUAAACAAUAUCGUAUAUAUGUUUUGACCUAUCUUAGAUUCGUUUUACCGUCAACACUUUAAUGAUCCGUUAACAAUGUUUAAAAAAUAACGCUUUUACACCAUUAAAAGUUAAAUCCAUUGCUUUAAAAACUUAUUUUCCUACACCUUGUAUAUAAUGUCACAUCAUGAUAUUAUGCCCGUCCUGCGCUUAUAAAUCUUGUUGUUGUUGUGUUUUAACUUUAUAUAACCUGAAUGCUUAUCACUAUUAUAUGUUCCCAAUAAAUCAGGUGUUCAAAAAACUUUUGAAAACUGUGUCCCUUCUAAAUAUAUUCUAUUCUGUCCUUCGUCGAUAGACAUAAUGAGGUCCUACACUGAAGUAAUUAAUAUGACAUAAGAUUCAUGUCAGAGUUUUCAUAUUCCUUUAACAUCCAAUUGUAUCAAACACAUAUUCGAAACGUUGCAGUUAAAACAUCUAUCAAUUUUUUCCAAAAAAAAUAUUCUAUGUAUUCUAUGUUGUAACAAUAGUGAUAACUUCACAAUAAGGAUUUUUAUCAUGCUAUGUGAGUAUUUCUUACCUAAUAGCAAUGAGACUGUAAAUUAUUUUGAAAUGCAACACACAAUCCAUAUUUGAUUGAACACUUGUGUGAUGGUACUUUUCAAUACACACCUAAUGAUAAACCAGAUUUGUUAAAACUACUCAUAUCAAUACCAUUUAUCCAUAUAAUUUAUUUUAAAUACCUUGUUAAAAAUGUUGUUCUUGCUGUUUCAUUUGCACUCAAAAUCAUUUCACCAAAUAUUUUUCACACUACUGAAUAUAUAUUAUAUGUGUGAAAAAAUAUGAUUUUUGUUGUUGUUGUAAAAUAGUCUUGCUAAUAAAUUCA